AUGCACUUGGAACAACAAGCUCCAUCAGUUCCUAAGGAUUUACGCAUAAUAUCAUUCAAAAGCAGUUUGGCACACUCGGUGCUCUGGAACCCAGUUUCUUCAUGCUGCAACGCAGUCUAUCGUAUUGAAACGGUGGUUCACAACAAAGCCGGGACAAUUUCAAAAUACUACACCGAAACACAUCAGACUGAGCUUCACGUAAACGAUGUUCGAUCGGAAACAACCUACAAGUACAGGGUCCAAAGCAUGAACGCAAAUAAUGGAACAAGUGAUUUUUCACCGUGGAUUGUGUUCCGCACGCCUGGAUGUGAGUUCGGCUUUUUAAUAGGAAAGCCCAUAGGAGUGUAUAUCAUCACUUUACGGUUUUCGGUUCAAGUUUAUCCUGGUCACCGUGGAACUAUGAUUAUUUCCUGGGCAGAUGAAAUGUACAAACUCCAUCAAGUCUGGCGACUUGUGUUCAUAGUACUUGAAGCCGAAUGCCAAGCUUUAUUCCAUGUCUCUCCGUGUGCAAAGCGGCAUACAGUGCGAAUAAAAGGUCCGUGGAAUUUUGUCCGCAUCUACGCUGCUGCUCAGAACGCCGUUGGACUGUCCCCGUUUUACCCAGCAGAAUUCGGUUUCGUUAGACAUCUUGUAAAGCGACAAGUGUAUGUUUUGGGAGCGUCACAUAAGAAUAUUUUUACGGUAAUUUGUCAUACAAGUCCAGGGCGAGAAUGA